UUUACCAACCAAGCCAGGCCGUCUAAGAAGAAGCCCAUCCCACUAAUCGCUCCCGCUCCAACCCUCACUCGCAAGCCGCGAAAUGAAGUGCCCGUACUGCUCCUUGGCGCAGGGGCGGUGCGCCACCACCAGCUCGGGCCGGUCCGUAACGGAGUGCGCGUCGUGCGGGCACGUUAUCGAGGAGCGGCAGUCCCAGCCCCACCACCUCUUCCACCUCCGUGCUCAAGACAACCCUCUCUGCCUCGUCACCCCCGACCUGCCCUCCCUCGAGGCCCACCACGACGAAGAGGACCCAUUCGAGCCCACAGGCUUCAUCACCGCCUUCUCCACCUGGUCCCUCGAGCCCAGCCCUCUCUUCCUCAGCUCCUGCCUUUCCUUCUCCGGCCACCUCGCCGAGCUUGAGCGCACUCUCGAAUCUUAUUCUUCCUCAUCGUCGUCUUCUUCUUCCUCUUCCACUGUUGUGGUCGACAAUCUGAGGGCGUACAUGCAAAUCAUCGACGUGUCCUCCAUUCUGGGCCUGGACCACGACAUUUCCGACCACGCGUUCCAGUUGUUUAGGGAUUGUUGCUCCGCCACUUGUUUGAGGAAUCGGAGCGUGGAGGCGCUCGCCACUGCCGCUCUUGUCCAAGCCAUUAGGGAGGCCCAAGAGCCCAGGACCCUCCAGGAAAUCUCAAUUGCAGCUAAUGUACCCCAGAAGGAGAUUGGGAAGUACAUCAAGAUACUUGGAGAAGCUCUACAACUAAGUCAGCCCAUUAAUAGCAAUUCCAUAUCAGUCCAUAUGCCAAGGUUUUGCACACUUCUCCAACUCAACAAAUCUGCCCAGGAGCUUGCAACUCAUAUUGGAGAAGUUGUUAUCAAUAAAUGCUUCUGCACUCGGAGGAAUCCUAUUAGCAUCUCUGCAGCUGCUAUUUAUUUGGCCUGCCAAUUAGAAGACAAACGCAAAACCCAGGCAGAGAUUUGUAAGGUGACCGGCCUCACUGAGGUCACUCUUCGUAAAGUCUACAAGGAGCUGUUAGAGAAUUGGGAUGAUUUGCUCCCAUCUAAUUACACCCCAGCUGUUCCUCCAGAGAGAGCAUUUCCCACAACUGUGAUUGCUUCAGGCCGUGCUUCAGCACCUAAAGUUGAUUUAGUUGAAGUGACUUCUUCAUCAGACAGAGACAAGCAAUCAGAAAUCAAAGGUAACAAAACAAUUGAGUGUCCAGAUACGGGCCAUCUGGCCCGAGCUAAAGAGGAAGCUGAAAGUAGGGGUAACUCUCUCGGUGCCUCUAACCCUGUGUUGAGCCGACCACCCACAUUCUGGCAACCCCAGGCCCCAUUUGUGACUUCUGGCUCCAGGACAGUGGGGGAAAAGAUUCCGAAUAUCUCUCGAGGAACAGACAUCAAUGAACUGCACUCUAACCAUCAAGAGUUGGAGCGGAAGGUAGAUCAGGAUACAAAUCAUGCGACUACUAAUUCCCUAAAGCCAAACCAGCUUGUGAGUCUCCCAACUUCAAGCGGAAGUUCAGUUUCCAGGCAGUUUUGGCCCCCACCUAUCCCUGUGCCUCCUCCAAACGUUCGAUUUGUUCAGCCACCAAGUGUAGUUUCUGGUUAUGCUGAACAUCAAGGAGCUGGGAGUCUAAAUGGAACUAGAAAUGCCAAUCAGUUUGGGGAUACCUAGCCACAUGUCUUGUUCCUACAGUAUAGUAGGAGUGGCAAUUCGUGUUCGUGUAUCAGGUUCAAGUCGCAUCAAGGCAUGGGUAUAUAAGAUUAUAUAGGUCAACUCUAACUCAACCCAUUUAAUCAAAUGGAUCAAACUCUUUAACUCUAACUCACUAAUUUUGUGUUGAGUUUUCA